AGUAUAAACAAAGCCCAUUCGCAUGUGCGUCAUUUUACAGUGUUGAUCAAGUAAUUGUACUUUAAGAACCCGAAAAUUAAUUCGAAAAAAUGCAAAAAACCGUGAUCGCCCUUUUAAUGUGUGCUUAUUGCCCUGAAAACGUGUUUAGUUUACAUUGUUACACAACCGAUCCCAGUAGUGUUUUAGAAGGAAACAUCAAAAACUUAAAACAGAACUUAGAAAACUGCCUGGAUUACAUUCAAAAACACAAGAGUGUUGAAAACCAGUCGAAAACGUUGCAUUGCUUCACAAUAAACACAGAUGACCCCGAUGUCGUCUUCAAAGGCUGUCUUCCGAGCAACAAGUGCAACGAUAUGAUUAAUGCCAUCCAGAAAAUGAUUGAAGUGAGAGGGACAGUUGAUUACAUCGGAAGUUUGGAGUGCAAUGAGUGCGAAGAAGACGCCUGUAAUUCAGAAGAAUUUAUGGUCUUCACGGACCGUCCGACACAACCCAAAAAUCGAAACGGAAAAAAUGGUGAGACCUCCUUGAAGUGUCAUCACUGCUUGGAACCGUGCGAAUUAACGAAAGCUCGCGAAAAAAUCUGCGGCGGGAACAUUGGGCCGUCUUAUGAGGCCGUUUGUACGACGGAAGUUGCAAAAAACAGCGAUAAUCCGGACUUGGCGGUCAGGAAGUGUCAAAUAAUCCGGAAAAAUGCGGAACCUCCAUGUCCAGAGUCCUCGGUGUGCAGUUUUUGCAAGAGUGAUAUGUGCACGAGCUCGGGUGGCAAUGUGGCCAGAACGGCACUGCUUGCCCUUGCUCUCGUUUAUUUAGGCACAAGUGAAUUUUUUUAGCAAAUAAAUAAAGAAUUUAUUUUC